AGGGGAAUAUACGGUCGGAAAUUCCCUCCUCAACUUAUACCUUAUCAUGAUUUGACGCAUAUCAAUUAUGCUUUUGGAAACAUCAAUAAGGAAACUGGAGAGGUAUUUCUGAGUGAUACUUGGGCAGAUGUUGAGAUUCAUUACGACGGAGACGACUGGAACGAGCCCGGUAAUAAUAUGUACGGAUGUCUCAAAGCUAUCUAUCUGAUCAAAAAGCUUAAUCGGAACAUUAAAGUCUUACUAAGCAUAGGAGGUUAUACAUGGUCGGGGAACUUUAUCAAUAUCAACGACCCAGACUGGAGGAACAUCUUUGUAGAUUCUGCUGUUGGCCUCGUAGAGGAUGUAGGUUUAGACGGGUUAAUUGACUACGAGUAUCCCAAGACAGAAACUGAACACGAGGGAUACGUUUCUCUCCUACGAGAACUUAGAGCUGGACUGGAUGCUUUGGCUGAGAGCAAAGGGCGAUUGAGGGGGAUGUAUCAACUAACUAUCUCUGCUCCGUGUGGUUGGGAUAAUAUGCACAACUUGAGAGUGAGAGAGAUGAACAAGUAUCUAGACUUCUUGAAUCUCAUGGCCUACGACUUUGCCGGUCCUUGGGAUCCCAUCACAGGCCAUCAAGCUGCACUCUUCCCUUCUCACCAAAACUCACCUUCUGUCGCUACAGCUGUCAACUUCUACCUUCAAGCCGGCGUUCCUCCACACAAAUUGGUCAUAGGUAUUCCAUUGUAUGGUCGAGCGUUCGAAGGGACCGAAGGUAUUGGAAAGCCUUACAACGGUUCUGGAGAAGGAUCUUGGGAAGCAGGAAUGUGGGAUUAUAAAGCCCUCCCUUUGCCUGGUUCUCAAGUCAUAGAAGAUCGUUCACUGGGAGCUGCAUAUUCCUAUGAUCCUCACAAACGUCAUUUGGUAACGUACGACACUCCUGCUGUCGCUUGGCAGAAAGCGAGAUACAUCGCAGAGAACGGACUUGGAGGAGCCAUGUUCUGGGAACUCGAUUCUGACAAACCUGCAUCUUCAGGCGAGAGUCUUGUCAAAGUCGUCAGAGAGACUAUGGGAACGUUGGAAUGGCGUGAAAACGAGUUGGAGUAUCCACAAAGCAAAUACGACAAUUUGAGGAAUGGAAUGCAAUGA